GUUAAUUAGUUUUUGAAACACUCCGUUCCUCGCACCACUGCCAAAUACUCAAAUAACUAUGUCCAACUACCUGCGACUUCUCUGCCUGAUGGCCGGCUGCAUUGCCCUGGCUGUUGCCCACCGGCCGCACUACGCCGGAUCCGGAUACGGACCCAGCUACGGAGACGUGGUAAAGGCCGCCGAGACCGCCGAGGCUCAGGCCUCCGCGCUGACGAACGCCGCUGGUGCCGCCGCCUCCGCCGCCAAGUUGGACGGCGCCAACUGGAACGCCCUCAACCGAUAUGGCUGGGAGCAGGGAAGGCCCCUUCUGGCCAGGGAAUACGGUCCUCUGGACCCGCUCUACGCCGCCGCCCUGCCACCGCGCUCCUUCGUGGCCGAGAUCGAUCCAGUCUUCAAGAAGAGCAGCCACGGUGGAGCUUAUGGCGAGAAGGCCCUUCUGAACACCGAAUCCAAAUUGGGUGUUGUGGCUAUCUAGAAACUUGGGCUCUACAGCUCCAAGAGUUAAAGUGAAUAAAGAGUGAUAGCUAUUAGCAAAAAUUAAAA